AUGUUAUUUCAUCAGCAAAGCAUCACCCACCCAGUAACUCCUGUGGAGCCCAGUCCACCACUCCACAGACCAAGGACGUGGGUCCAUUUACUGGAGACUGUGAAGAAUGAGGAAUUCCCACACAGUGGCUCUGCUAAAAAUGUGUCAUUUAACUUCCAAACCUUAGGACAGCGCUCACUUCUGAAGCCUCUCGAAGGUAAGCACCGGCACCGGCACCGGCACCGGCACCGACACUCACCCGCGACUGCGCCCGCUCCGCCCUCCGCGGCUUCUUCCGGCACCGGCGCCCAAGGCACACUCACUCGGGUAGGCUCGGCUGUGUCCGGAUGUACUCGGCUGCGUUCGGAGGGACGGGCGUCGUGUCGGCUGCGUUGCCUUCGGCUUGGUUCGUAUGGGCUCGGCUCGGUUCGGUGUGACUCGGCUCCGUUCUGUUCGGCUUCGCUCGGCUCCGGCUCUCCGCGUGUCCGCCCGGUCCCGCCCCUUCCCCGCCCCUGGCCCCGCCCCUUUAAGCCGCAGCGCCGCUCCCGGAAGUGCCACGUGUCCGCAGUGCGGCUGCGCGCGCCUCCCGGCAGUUCCGGUGGGCACGUCCCCCCCGCCCGGGCCGGCGCCGCUGCACGGGCGGCUCCGAGCGCGCCCGGCCGAGCCAUGGCCCAGCCCGCUGGAGCCCCCACCGGGCAGCAGCCCUACAGCAACGGCCCUGUUCAGAGUCAGUUGAUGCAUUCCCCAGAUGGCCAGGGAUACAGCCCUGCAGUUCCAGGAUCGUACUCCCAUCAGACGCCGACAAAGGUUCCUCCACAUCAGUCUUCUGGACAGUAUAGCUAUAGUGGCUCUCAGAAUGUUUCUCAAUUAAACAAUUACCAAGGACCUGGCCAGACUCUCAAUAGACCACCAGUGGCAGCUUUCUCCGGGUCACCAGUACAACAGCCAGGUCCUGUUCCACAAGUGCUGCUGCCUGCAUUACAGAACUCGGCUGCUGUAUCAUCUGCAGGGAGCUUUCCUCCUGGAGCCAGCCCACCAGUGCUUUCAAACUGGCAGUACAGCCAGACUCCUGUAAGUCAGCCACUUGGGGCUCAAACUAGCCAUUUGGCUUGUGUGCCUGGGACAGGGUCAGCUCAGCCACCGUCAUCAUUAUCAGGAAGUACAAAUCCUGCAGGGAGUUACCAAUAUGCUGCUUCUCCAGGGGCUCCUCCGCUGCACAACAGCUACAUGAAGCCAGGAUCUGCGCCUCCACCAGUGACUCAGCCUUUAACUCCACUCCACCCUCCAAGGCCACCUUUAGGACUUCCACCAGUUGGUGGUCCAGCUAGGCCAUCAACAGCAGUAACAGGACCACCUAGCACACAGUUUCUGCUAAAAUCAGCUGCAAACCAAGAAGGUGAUGCUGUGUCAGCUACCAGUGAAGGUUCUGUAGUGCAAAACAGCUACGAUGCAAUAGAAGGUGGUGGCCUCAUGGCUGCUCCACAUUAUUCUCCUGUAACCCCAAAUCUUAAGAUGAAUAGAAAUGUUGGGUAUUCUUACCCUGCCUUACCUCCAGGCUACCAACAUACUUCUCCACCUGGAGCACCAGGAAUGAAUGCAUCUACUUUGCAAUAUCCAGAUGGAUCAAAACAUUUCCACCAGCCUGCCCUGGGCACUAAUCACUUAACUGCAUCAAUGGGUGGCCUGAGUCUACAGCAGGAAGGGUUAAGGCCUGUGAAUCUUCUUCAAGAAAGAAAUAUUCUUCCUACCACCCUUUUGAAGGCUCCUGUCCCCAACUUGCAUGAAGACAUCCAGAAGCUCAACUGCAAUCCUGAGUUGUUCCGCUGUACCCUGACUAACAUUCCUCAAACUCAGGCCUUAUUGAAUAAAGCCAAACUUCCUUUGGGGCUCCUGCUUCAUCCUUUCAAAGACUUAUCGCAACUGCCGGUGGUCACGUCCAGUAUUAUUGUGAGAUGCCGUUCCUGCCGGACCUACAUCAACCCUUUUGUCAGCUUCCUAGACCAAAGGAGAUGGAAAUGCAAUUUGUGCUAUAGAAUCAAUGAUGUUCCUGAAGAAUUCCUGUAUAAUCCUGUGACAAGAGUUUAUGGAGAGCCUCAUAAAAGACCUGAAGUCCAGAAUGCUACUAUUGAGUUUAUGGCUCCGUCUGAAUACAUGCUGCGUCCACCUCAGCCACCUGUGUACCUCUUUGUGUUUGAUGUCUCUCACAAUGCAAUAGAGACAGGAUACUUGAAUACUGUCUGCCAGAUCUUGUUAGACAAUCUUGAUUCGCUUCCUGGGAACACUAGAACAAAAAUAGGCUUCAUAACAUUUGACAGUACAAUCCAUUUCUACAGUCUUCAGGAAGGUCUCUCUCAGCCUCAGAUGCUUAUAGUUUCAGAUAUUGAAGAUGUAUUUAUACCAAUGCCAGAAAACUUAUUAGUAAAUUUAAAUGAAAAUAAAGAGCUAAUUCAAGAUCUGCUGAAGACAUUGCCACAGAUGUUUACCAAGUCCCUGGAAACUCAGAGUGCUUUGGGGCCUGCAUUACAGGCUGCCUUUAAACUGAUGUCCCCCACUGGAGGUAGAAUCACUGUCUUCCAGACACAGCUCCCAUCUGUGGGAAUGGGAGCACUAAAGUCACGAGAAGAGCCAAACCAAAGAGCAACAGCAAAGGAUAUACAUUUGACACCAUCGACUGAUUUUUACAAGAAGUUGGCCUUGGACUGCUCAGGGCAACAGGUUGCAGUGGAUUUAUUUCUUCUUAGUGGGCAAUAUUCUGACUUGGCUUCUCUAGGUUGUAUAUCAAGGUAUUCUGCAGGUAGUGUCUACUACUACCAAUCUUAUCAUCAUAAACACAACCCUGUCCAGGUGGAGAAAUUGCAAAAGGAACUGAAGCGAUAUUUAACUAGAAAAAUUGGGUUUGAGGCUGUCAUGAGGAUAAGAUGCACCAAAGGUCUUUCCAUUCAUACUUUCCAUGGGAACUUCUUCGUCCGAUCUACAGACUUGUUGUCAUUACCCAACGUAAACCCAGACGCAGGAUAUGCUGUGCAAAUGUCAGUGGAAGACAGUCUUACUGAUAUGCAAGUUGUUUCUUUUCAAUCAGCUCUCCUAUACACCUCCAGCAAAGGUGAAAGACGAAUUCGUGUCCACACUAUGUGCUUACCUGUUGUCACAACACUGAGUGAUGUGUACCUAGGGGCAGAUGUGCAGGCCAUCACAGGGCUCUUAGCCAAUAUGGCUGUGGACCGCUCGGUUUCCGCUACGCUGAGCGAUGCUCGGGAUGCCUUGGUCAAUGCAGUGAUAGAUUCUUUAGCUGCUUAUCGCUCAUCCGUGCUGAGCAUCCAACAGCCUGGGCUCACAGCUCCCUACUCACUGCGGCUCUUCCCCCUUUAUAUACUCGCACUCUUAAAACAGAAAGCAUUUCAAACUGGGACAAACACACGCUUGGAUGAACGCAUCUUUACCAUGUGUCAGGUGAAAAACCAGCCCCUUGUUUACCUCAUGCUCAUGACACAUCCCAGUCUGUACAAAGUUGAUAAUCUCACAGAUGAGGGGGCCCUUAACAUAAAUGACAGAACUAUACCUCAGCCACCCCUUCUCCAGCUGUCAGUGGAGAAGCUGAGUAGGGAUGGUGCUUAUCUUAUGGAUGCUGGCUCUGUGAUGUUUCUGUGGAUUGGGAAGAACUGUGGGCAGGGCUUUAUCAGCCAAGUUCUUGGAGUUCCAAAUUAUGGCUCAAUACCACAGAAUAUGACACAUCUCCCAGAACUUGAAACAGCAGAAUCCAUCAGAACACGAGCUUUCAUUGCUUGGCUGAGAGAACAGAGACCUUUCUUUCCUAUACUAUAUAUAAUAAAGGAUGAGAGUCCACUGAAAUCAAGUUUUCUGCAAAAUAUGAUUGAAGACAGAACAGAAUCAGCCUUAUCAUACUAUGAAUUCCUCCUCCAUAUACAGCAGCAAGUGAAUAAAUGAAACACAAGCCUUUGCUUACUUCUUUAAGAAAAGAUUUUGCAGUAAAGAAUGAUUGUGCUUAUAAUAUCUUCAUUAAAUCUGUGGCCUGAGGCAGUUGAUGAGAAGUUCUCACUGUGAUUUCAACGAACUAAAGCAAAUAAAGGACCACAUCUGAGAAUCAAAUGGGCAACUACAUAUUGUACCUUAAAAUCAAACUGUUGGAACUGGUUGAGCACCUUUAAUUUGCUGCAAAUUGUGUUUUUACUGUAAGUAGUUGCAGCAUGAAGUACAUUUACAAAGGCAAUACUGAAAAGGUGAAAUACAUUUUGUAAAAUAAAGAGUUCUUUGUUGUUCAAAAUGUAUAUUUCUGUAACUUUUUUUUUUUUUUUUUUUUGCUGCUAGAUACAAAAACCUCACAAUGCUGAUCAUGAUUUGCAGGGAAAUUCUUUCUAAGUGCAUCCAGUGAUGACAGACAGAGCAUCUCAAUGUUCAACUUAAUGCUUAAAAUAGCAAUGAAAGAAGUGUUCAUUGUGAAAUGAACAAAUGCUUGUGAAGUGUACAAUCCAGUGCUUGGAUUGGAUUAUGGCUAAUAGGACUAAAGGUAAGCUUAACCUGGAUAAGGUGGCUGAAUUUGUUGAAGCUUUUAAUAAGUCAGUAUUCUAAUUUUAAAAACAGUGGGAAAGAGUGGGCUCUACAUGAUGAGACAUUUUAAAAAGUCAUUGGCUGAGUUGGCAGCAAAAGUAGACUUAGAUGGUAAGCUUUGCUUUUCUUCAGUAAAAGGAAUAGUUUUAAUUUCAAUUUAUGAAUGGUGUGGGAGGGGAAGAGCAAGGAAGGUUUUCUCAGAUUUUGUUUGGUUUAUGUGCAGUGGACUUUUGGCUCUUGUUUACAUUAAGUGAAUGUUGGGUCCCUCAGAUCUGGUGUGUUUCUGAAGCAAGUUUGUUGGCAGCACUUCAGACUAACAAAUGUUAGCCUGCAACACUGAAUAUUCUGACAUUAAAAUUGGUAAUUAUUUUUCCAAUAAAAUUAUUAUAUUUCAUUUGAAAAUUUGCA